UGCAAACUCAAGUGGAGCAACACCACUUCAUUUAGAAGUGAAACAUAAUAUGUCUGCUGUGAGCUUAUAUCUCUUAUCUAAAGGAGCUGAUCCCAAUGUGACCAACAAGGAGAACAUCUCAUCUUUACACUUAGCAACCGAGAAAUGUUCUUUAGAGUUACUAGAAAAAUUAAUUGAAAAAGGAGCCAAUAUGAAUGCAACAGAUGACCAUGGAAAUACUCCACUUCACUUUGGUGUGAAAAAGAAUUCAAUUCAGAUUGUAAUGUAUUUGGUAGAAAAAGGUUCUAAAAUAAACUUAAAGAACAAAAGUUUUAUUACACCACUUUAUGAAGGAGUAAGACUAAAAAGUCCUAAGGUUGCGAUGUAUUUACUGGAUAAAGGAGCUGAUCCUAACAUAACUGAUAAAGAAGGUAACUCUCCUUUACAUUUGGCUGUUGAUAUGGAACAUAUAGAUCUAAUAAAUGAACUAGUUACGAGAGGAGUCAAUCUGGAAGCAGUAGAUUCACAUGGAAGUAAUCCAUUUCAGAGGGCUAUAUAUCACAGUUCAUUGCAAGUUGUACAGUGUUUAGCAGAAAAAGAAUCAAUGGUACACAUUCCAGAUACCCUUGGUAGAACGGCACUCCACCUAGCCGCAUGUGGACGAAGAUUAGGUCACCCAGCUGCCAUGGACCAGAGAGUUAUCAGGUUUUUGUUGGAUGCAGGGUGUGAUAUCAAUUCUGAAGAUAAACAUGGAUAUACACCGUUGAUGUAUGCAUGUUCAUCUGGAAAUUGUGAGAAUGUGGAACUGUUGCUGGAAAAGGGAGCUAAUCCCAAUGGUAGAGACGUAACAGCUUUGCACGUUGCAGCAGGAUGUCAUAUGCCAGAUAUCCUGAAACUACUUCUGAACAAAAGUGGAAACAGAAAUGUGGUUUCAAACUCUGGUGAUACCCUGAUUCAUGUUGCAGUCCGAUGGGAUUUACGAAAAACACUAUACAGAGACAUGUAUCCCCUCAAUCUGUAUGGCGGCACAUUGCCAUCAACAUUCUGGAGAGAAUGCAUAGAUUAUCUAGUAAGUGACUUCCAAUGUAACAUGCCAGAACAUAUUUUGAGAAUGGACGUGAUUUGUUUGUGGCUUUUUACGUGGCCUUUUAUGUCAAGUCUUAUACCUUUACUGGAAAUAGAAAAUGUAUUAGAGGUGUUACUGCACAGUGGUUGUAAUAUCAAUGCCAAAAACAAGGCUGGCCAGACACCAGUCCAUGUUUGUAUUCAAUAUGGUGAGUGUAGAAACCUGGAAGAGUUGUUAAACAGAGGUGCUGAUGUGUCCCUUGUAGACAAUUUGGGUAGAUCAGCACUGUAUUAUGCAGUGUCGUUGGUUAAGCCAGAUGCUGUUCAGAUAUUGCUACAAUUUGGAGCAAAGGAUGGAGAGACCAGUUAUGGUGUUACUGCUUGUGAAAAGGCACAUGUCAAAAUGCAGUAUUCAGAUGAUGAAAACAUUAAAGCUAAAUGUUCCAAGAUAAUUGAUAUCUUGAAAUAUUAUUGAAAUAAAUACUAAACAGGACCUAAUGUAAGCAUAGAUGUGAUAGACAGUAGUUUUGGUUGUCAGUUUCAGGUUGGUUUUUGUAAAACAAUCGUUGCUAAAGUUAUUUUUGACUUGUGGUAAUAUUUUACAAAUCUCAUGUUCAUAACAAUGGCUCUUAAAAGUCAAAUUUUAAUGUGUUUUGUUUUACUGUGAGAUUCAAUUUGUGCCAUUGCACAGUGUUGGAUUAACUGUGGAAGAUGAUAUGUUUGUUGUAUUUUAUUUGUUUUGUUCAUACUUCGAAAUCUUUGUGCUGCACAAAUUAGACUAGCAGUGCAAGAUUUUGUAGUUGUUUUUUUUCUCCAACAUUCACACUGUUGUAAAAAAAUAUAUUUUUGGGGUUUCGAUAUAG